UUAGCGAAACGAGUUGUCAUCGGACAAGUCCUUGCCUCAAUAUAAAAAAAUAUCGAGAAACUAUUCUACGCCUUAUGACCUCCGUAGCUAGUUGCUUGUUUCCUGUCGAGUAAAACUUCUUUUAUCGAUUGAAAGGAGAGAAAACCAUAAUGGCGAGUUUUGUAGCUUGGUUUUGUCGUGCGUGUGGAUUGAAAGUGGUGUUUUUACUGGUCCUAUCUACUGUGUGCAAUGAAGCGCUGGAACUCGACGUGAACCUUACACGACAGGAAGUCAUAACAUUUCUCAGACAGCCGGUGAACCUUGGUUGCUAUGCAGAAACAGACUCAGCCAGCUCUACACUGGAGUACUAUUGGACAAAAGACAACCAAACUGCCUCGCAAUCUCCAAAUGUUCAAGCAUUUGAUGGCGUCCUGGUUGUAACCCCAGAGAAAGAUACUGAUUUUGGAACUUACGAGUGUAACGUUACAAACGGAAUGUCCAGCGCUCUGUGUAGGAUCUCGUUGGUGCAAGGAAUGGGUGCGCCGGGUGAUCCCACCACUGGCUGUGUAAAUGUUUCAGUCCUGAUGCCCGUUCUGGCAGUUGCAGUCUUUGCACUUCUCCUGUUUAUUCAUCUUGUUGUACAAGGCGCGAGGAGGCGAUCACACGAUGACGUAAUGUCCAAGAAAAGUGAGAAUAGCAGUCUUCAUAGUCACGAGCAUACGCGGAUGCGCGAGGGAAGCUGUGUUAUCGAAGAACCCGUCGAGUUGCACGUCAAUGGCAGUGUCUCACGGAUGGACGAAAAUGAAGGCGUCCAAGAAAGCACUGUCACUCAAUUUUGACCUGGAAGACUUUCACUAUGUAGGCCUUGAAAUCAAACUUCAUUUUUGAAAGAAAAAUGCAGAAACCCGACCAUAAAUGUUGAAUCAAUUUUGAUACAAGAUCAAAGCAGAGAUAUACCUGGCCAUUCGUACCACAAAACUUAACGCUCGGCAUGGUGGAUUCCGGAUGAAGAGGUCCGCACUUGACAGUUGCCAAGAUGGGAAGUUGCUAAGUCAUGAUAUUGACCAAGAUAACUACUUUCGGCAGUGCAGAGAUAACGAAUUGCGUAACGCUUCCUGUAUGAGAAAACACAGAACGGCUUGACAAUAGACUGAUUCCUUAAAUAGGCCGUAGAGGAAGAAGUAUGCUCUAGAAAACACUAUUUUUUCAUCGCCACCAUUAAUCAUAGUGCCUUUUAAGGCUGCGGAGUAAACUAACUAUUAAAAGUUUGUCUGAGGUAGGGACGCCGUAAUUUUGAAAAUAGCUCCGUAGCCUGGCCCCACACGCAUGCAGCUCAGUCAACGAGCUGGUCAAAACACCUGUUACACUAAUUCAUUCAGGAAUUUCAUAUCAUAAGGUUCCUAAUUGCUCAAGAAGACUGACAAGAGAUGUAAAACGAGGGGUGAGACUUUCAGUACGUAAAGGGCGACUGGCUAGGACACUGAGCAGGAUUCCAAAAUGGCGGCGUCCGCGAUUGACUAGUUAGUACGUUUGCAAGGUUAUGUCAAUCUUUAGAAACUCCAAAUGUUGGAAAGCGACAUAACUUUAAGCAUCCUUUCUAAUGGCGGAGACGUAAAUCAGGUGUUGACCGCAGCAUACGUCUACUUCAACCUCACUAGAUUAUUGUUACUUUUUAGAUCUCUUACUUCACAGGGGAUCCCUAGGGUUUGUGAAACUAAGCAUUUCCCCUCUUCCUCCCUUCCCGUCACUAUUUUGAGAUUCUGUUCCUGAACGAUAAAAAUCAAGAGGAAACAGCCUUCAAUCAUAUAUCUAAAAUUCCACUCUUCUUUAAUUUAAGAUCACUUCAAUAUAAUACUGUCAGUAGAUGAUGAGUCAAGAUCUUUUCUCGUGGGUUAAGACUGGGCUCUGGUAAAAUGCUUCCCUAGUGAUAUGUAUAUAUUAUUGUUUCAAAAAUUUCUUGUACAAAUAUAAGUUAUCCAUAUUUUUCUUCUACAAAAUGGGUAUGAAAGAUAUUGUCAUAGGUUGUUUUUAAAUGGUAUCCGAGAGCGUUUUCUUCAAAAACUUUCACUCGAAAUUAUGGUGAAGAAAAUAUAUAUCUACUUAGACGUUCUGGUGUGUAGUAUGGCUGUUAUUUUUACGAGUUGUGCCGUAUUUUGACGAGCCCGCAGGACGAGUCAAAAUAUGUACAGUGAGUAAAACUGGUCAGCGAUACUACACACCAAAACGUCUGAUAAGUUAUUUGUUAUCCAACUGCUAUAAUUUCAUGCGUAUUUCUUAAAAAGUGGGAAUAGCAAAGCAGUAACAGAAGCGUAACACAUGCAGCUGACCGUUUGAACAGGUUUUUUUAAAAAGUACAUAAUAAAGAACUGUCCAAGAUC